UGUUGCAAAAAGUAGACCCAGAGUUACGCUGCUGCUGCUGAAUCGCUGAAUGAAUCUAUCUCAUCUCGUCUCAUCUCGUCUCAUGCUCCGGUUUGAUAAUUGCUGCUUCUGAGACGAAGCCUUGCCACUGCCACUGUCUUCCGACUACUGGCACUUGUUCUCUUCAAAGUUCAAUGGCGAGUAAUUUCUUGGCCUCUCGAAUAGGAACCGCACCACCACUGGAGAAUCAAAUCCCUGAAAGAUCUUACGUAGCUCUUGCAACUUGUAUGAUCCACAACUGUUGCAGUGAACCAACUUUUUUCAUGGUCCAAACUUCAAAGAUUCGCAUAAAGUCUCUGCCAUUCCCCCAAAGGAGUUUUCAGUCAACAAGACGACAGUGGAGAAUAGCCUUUGCCUUGGACACAGGUGGGGUUCCUGAUGAGGGUGGGCAAGAGGGCAUCAAUGGCAACAACUCUAAUCUCAAUGCCACCCGGUUGGGUCGGAUAGUGACUGCAGGUGGGAGACAGCUACUGGAGAAGCUGAAUUUAGCCAGGAGAAAUUUUCCAAUGAAAAUAUUUCUUCUUCUUUUGGGUUUCUACACGGCAAAUGCGUUGGCUACAAUCCUUGGGCAGACGGGGGAUUGGGAUGUUUUGGUUGCGGGUAUAGUGGUUGCUGCCAUUGAAGGUAUUGGCAUGCUAAUGUAUAGAAAGCCCCCCUCUCAAUCGAGUGGGAGGCUCAAGUCGUUUGUCAUGAUGGUGAAUUACUGGAAGGCAGGUGUUUGCCUAGGCCUCUUUGUGGAUGCUUUUAAAUUGGGUAGUUAAAGGUGCUUCUACAGUUGUACCCACCUCAAGUUUGGAAGAUGGAGAUUUACUACUAAACUUACUUGUGUUUUUAAGUUUUAACGCCCUUUAUCCGUCGGUAGGUUGUCCAGUCUAGAUCCACCUUUAUUGUAAGAUGACCAAUCUCAACUAAAUUUUUGCGAAUAAAAGUUUGCCCUGUA